CUAGGCGACAGGAUUCAGUUCAUUUUGUGGCGGUUUUAACAAGUGGUACAUUAUUUCAAUCAGUAAGACGUCGACUUGUCAGCUAAAUAUUGACUACUGACCUCGGCAGUUCGAGUGGACUAUUUUGGGAGGGGGGCGUGGCCACCUGCGUUAACGUGAGAACAGAAAUAGUCUAUAAACUACACUUGACUGAAGUUUACGUUCACGCUCGGAAAGUGUGUAAUAUUAUUUAUCUCUGCUAUUGCUUGGGGGGAAAAUGAAGAAAUCAUCUUCAGGCCCACCAGCCAGGUCCAGCAGUGGCAGGCUGAGGAGGCUAGAGAGAGGAGAUUCUACUGGGGCCACGGGGACUGCACUAAAAAGGUCAUUCGAAGUAGAGGAGGUCGAAUCGCCCACAAAUCCUUCACAGCUUUCACGCCGAAAUGUCAAUCCCCUUCGCUCCUCUGCCACAAGCCGUUUUCACGACCUGGGAUCCCGAAACUCAGAAAAUUCCUCCAGACAUGGCUCAGAAUCCUCAUCCAGUGGUCAACGCUCUCCCAAGAGCAGUGGUCGGCGCAUAGAGCUUUCACGCCGCACUGAAAUCUCCAUCGACAUCUCCUCCAAACAGGUGGACAGCUUACCCAGCCCUGGCAUUCACCGCUUUGGCCUGAGGCGGCCGGAGGUCUCGCUUCAUAACAGAAUCGCAGAGCCGGGCUCACCCAGGAGGGCAGAGAUCACCCUUUCACGAGCACAGGAACCAUUAGCUGCCUAUCGAAGAGCUGAUGUGCCUUCCUCAGCUGCGAGAAUUCCUGAACCUGCUCAGAGGAAGGCUGAGUCUCCUAGCACAGCGGAGAGUUCAUCACUGCUAGGCAGAAGGAUUGAGCCACUGGUUAACAGGCAGGUGGAGAUUUCAUCCCCAUCCAAAGAGUCUGAGAACAGCUUCUCUUCAGAGGCCAGCAUGACCCCCAGCUUCACUGAAUAUAAAACCCCACCAGCAGCUCAGGAGAAUUCUAGCCGAGCUACAGACAGGUCAGAGGUCAUUUCCAGCCACAGUUAUAAUAACAGUAACAGCAGUAUGGCAGAGCCAGUAAUUCCUGAAAUGCCCCCGGCCGCGUGCCCAGAGAAGCCAAGUGUGGACUUCAACUAUGUGGGCAUUGAUGCCAUCUUGGAACAGAUGAGGAGGAAGGCCAUGAAGCAGGGCUUCGAACUUAACAUCAUGGUAGUGGGUCAGAGUGGUUUGGGCAAGUCCACACUGAUGAACACCCUCUUCAAGUCCAAAGUAAGCCGAAAGUCAGUCAUGGGAACAGCUGAGGAACGCAUACCUAAAACUAUUGAGAUCAAGUCCAUCAGCCAUGACAUUGAAGAGAAAGGUGUAAGGAUGAAGCUGACCGUCAUAGACACACCAGGCUUCGGUGAUCAGAUCAACAACGAGAACUGUUGGCAGCCAAUAAUGAAGUUCAUUAAUGAGCAGUAUGAGCAGUACCUACAGGAGGAGAUCAACAUUAACAGGAAGAAGAGGAUCCCUGACUCACGAGUUCACUGUUGCAUAUACUUUAUCCCACCCACAGGACAUUGUCUGAGGCCUUUGGAUGUGGAGUUUAUGAGACGUCUGAGUAAAGUGGUGAACAUUGUCCCGGUUAUCGCCAAGGCUGACACCUUGACCCUAGAGGAAAGAGACUUCUUCAAGAAGAAGAUCAGGGAAGAACUGAGGGCCAACAACAUUGACGUCUAUCCUCAGAAGGAGUUUGAUGAGGAUACAGAGGACAGACUGAUCAAUGAGAAAAUAAGGGAGAUGAUUCCGUUUGCAGUGGUGGGGAGUGACCAAGAGUACCAGGUCAACGGGAGGAGACUCUUAGGAAGGAAAACCAAAUGGGGAACCAUAGAAGUUGAGAAUAUCGCUCACUGUGAGUUCGCCUACUUGCGGGAUCUCCUUAUCAGAACCCACAUGCAGAACAUUAAGGACAUCACCAGCAGUAUCCACUACGAAAUGUACCGUGUGCGUCGCCUUAACGAGAACAACAUGCAGGCCAAUGGGCUCUCUGAGCAUCACCCAGCCUCACAUGAGAUCUAGUGCCUUCAUUCCCCCUCUCUCUUUUAUCCCUCUCUCCACUCCUCCACCCUGCACUCCACCUGCCACCCCAUUCCACUCUCGCUUUUUCAGCCAGAGCCAGGAUCAGCAUGAAACCAAGUCGACUAUUUCCCCUGAGAAGGGCAUGUAAUAACUUUAUUCCCCACACAGUCCAGCACACUACCUUCCCAUGCCUCCUGCCUGCCUUCUCUCACCCACAGACUGAAGACUGAAGAGUCUUACACACACACACACACACACACACACAGCUCAGUGCUGCCUCCCUGAGUGCAUCUACACAUCCUGUGUGUCUACUCAACUCACCCAGCUUAUAUUUCAGGUCUCUGACUAAACCGCAGAUUUUCACAUGGGUCAAGAGACCAAAAUGCGGUGCUUGUAAAAUGUAUACACUUUUGCUUUGAUAUUACAAUCAGCACUUCAUAUAAACACCCUCUUUUUUUGAUUGUCUUAUUGAUUUUUGUUUUUUGCUGUGCUGCUUCAUCAAUAAUGUGAAAGUCCAGGCUUUGUGGCUUUCUAAAGCCAAUGCUGAAGCACCAGACCCUCACCUUCAGUCAUUCAGGAGCCCAUCUGCUUUAUUGCACUUAGCAAAGUUUAAGGAAUAGGCCCAAAUGCAGAUGGAUAUGCAUAUGUGUUCUUUUGCAUGAGUGUGUGGAUGUAUGCGUGUGCCCAUGUAUGACUGCUUUAUUAAACAGUAAUGUUAUUAGUAAUAAUGAAUAAAAGCCAGUACCUCCAGUCAGUAAUGACAAUAGUGUUUGCUACACCAGUAAUUACCUAUGUAAGUCCAAAAUGCUUUUUUUUGUGUCAUUAACAAACCUUGCUGUAACAGGGAGAUACAGACACAAGUAACUGCAGUUUAAAAAUUAAACAUAGUAUUUGGUUUAUAAAGUGCAUAGCUGACGAAGGGGACUGUUGUCCUGUUUUUCUGGAAACUUUGUGUACUAGGAAUAAUUUUUUACUACAUCCAAUACACACACAAACAGAACAAUGAAGGGAUUAAGUGUCUCCCUGUUACCGCAAAUGACAAUGACACAAACCAAAAAAAAGCAUUCUGAACUUGCACAAGUUGGUGGUGUUGCUGGUGUGACAGGAAAUAUUGGCUUUUAUUCAUUAUCACAUAGAACAUUAUUGUUUUAAUAGCAGUCGUAAAGCCCAGUUGAAAGAUCCAGUAUAAAUUUAGCUCCACUGAACAUUCUUAAGCAUCUUUAAGCCCUGUUGUUUGUACUGGAUGUGCAUUGCAUGGUGGUUUUCAGCUGAUGACUGAAUACGUGCUACAACGUGGGAGUCCAUCAUUUAUUAGUUUAAACAGGAUGUUAGACAUUGAUGUUGCAGUUAAGAUUAGACACAACUUCCCCUUGUGUUGUAUAAUUAUACCCAGUUUUACAGUUCUCUUCACAUAUAAAAUCACUGCAAUGUCAGUGACAUUAAGUUCCAGUGUGUGCCAGUGUGCCUUAUUAUAUCUCUUUUUCUUAUUUACCAUUUAAAGAAGCCAUGACUGAAGCAUCAUUACAAACCAAAUCAAAGAUUUCCCAUAUUGUAUGGACUUAGAAAUGUCUCCAGACCUUUCAACUGCUUUUAAUCAGAGAAAUGUCAGUCUGCUUAUCCUGUGAUGUAUAUUCAUAGUAAUUAAGUUGUUUCUACUGGUAUUAAGAGUAACACAAAUAUCUUUGAUAUCUGCUAUUUUAAUGAAAUAAAGAUGGAAAAUGAAAGAUCA